AAAUGAACAAAUGACAAAAGCAGACAGCAUGUCAAAAAGUCGUUUCUUUCUCUCUUUUGUAAUAUUUCGAAUUAAAUUGUAUUAUGCGUACCAUUGAUUACAGUGAUAAAGUCCCUGGAUUAUAUCUAAUAGAAGAUGCUGUAUCUCUAGAAGAAGAGACUUAUUUACUGGACGAGACGAAUAAACGAGAAUGGUCUGGGCUUGGUAUAGGACCUACACCUGAAUUGAAAAGACGCACGCAACAAUAUGGCCAUCUGUUUAGUUAUCGAUAUAGAAAGGUGAUAGAAGAGUAUGGCCCGUUACCUGAUUUCAGCGAAUUCUUUGUCCAACGUAUCAUGGAGAACGGUUGGAUGCCACACAAGCCGAAUCAUUUACUGAUUAAUGAAUAUAAUCUAGGUCAAGGCAUUAUGCCUCACGUAGAUGCACCUGCUUUGUUCGGAUCCAAUAUCUUAUCAUUAUCUCUCUUAUCAGAUUGCAUCAUGAAAUUUACAUCUAUGGAAAACGAAAGCAUAUUCUUUGAUGUCAUUCUACCACGUAGAUCACUGGCUAUUAUGACAGGCGAUGCGAGAUAUAAAUUCAAGCAUGGAAUUUCAAAAGAUGUUGUAGAGACGACUGCUGAUACUGGUAUAACCAUACACAGGGAUAAACGUAUAUCAUUUACGUUCAGAGAAAUUAUUGCAUGGGAAGCACCACCUUGUUCAUCCGCUACAACCACCACAACACCAGAAACAACCAUUCAAUCCACACCUGAUGAUAAAGCUGCAUCUUCAUCGAGUUAGUUUGGCUGCUCGCACUAACACCAAUAAGGGACAGAAUGCAUAAAUAUCCCAUUAAAAAAUUGUUACUUCGAAAUAAAAGGCAUCUUCACCUGCGAAACAAAGAAAUCCUGAUACAAAAUCUCGAUACACUUUGAUCGGACCA